UUCAUUCGUGUUUUCCAUCUGCUUGCGUGUCGACGCCUUUUAAAAGAACGAGCUAAUUACUUGACCUGGCCAACCUGGUUGGCUUGAAAAUUCCCCUUUUACAUCGUAGUGCAUAGUAGUGAAUCACUUCAAUAGUGCUAGAUAACUUGAUACAACUGACGCAGCAUUCACACGAUGCCACCGAUUGCGAAUGAAAAGUUGGGAUCUAGUGGCAAAAAGCCAUUCACGGUGUUUGUCGAAGGCAACAUCGGGAGCGGUAAGACGACCUUCCUGGAUCAUUUCCAAAAGUUUGAUGAUGUCUGCCUGCUGACGGAACCGGUGGAAAAGUGGCGUAACUGCGGUGGUGUGAAUUUGCUGGAUCUCAUGUACAAGGAGGCCCACCGCUGGGCUAUGCCCUUCCAAACGUACGUUACGCUGACCAUGCUCGACAUGCACACCUUCAAGACAGACAAGUCCGUCAAGCUAAUGGAACGAUCAUUAUUCAGUGCUAGAAAUUGCUUUGUGGAAAGUAUGCUGGCAUCCGGCUCGUUGCACAGAGGCAUGUAUAAUGUUCUGCAAGAGUGGUAUGAAUUUAUUACCUGCAAUAUUCAUAUUCAGGCGGACCUGAUUGUGUACCUUCAAACGAGCCCCGAAGUUGUGUACGAGCGAAUGAAGCAACGCGCACGUUCAGAAGAGAGUUGCGUUCCGCUUGAGUACCUCAAAGAGCUUCACGAACUGCAUGAGAACUGGCUGAUCCACGGAACAUCGCAUCGUCCUGCACCGGUUCUUGUGCUGAAUGCAGACCUUGAUCUGAAUACGAUCGGGACGGAGUACAAACGGUCGGAGACCAGUAUAUUGAAACCAAUCUUAAUCGAAAAUACCAACCAUCAUGCUAUUCUUACAUCUCCUUCCAAGCGCGCUAAAACUGACUAUUAGGGUUGGUGAGACACGGUCGCGCCCAUAAACUUAUUAGUUAGAGUUAAUUUGUCAUAUCCAGACUUUACCGUAGGCAAUAGCUUUUGCGUAGUGCAUUGUAACGAUUAAUUUUGUGUUUUACUACAAGUAUGAUUAAGGAUGAUGUGUUGAUACACGAUGAACAAUGAUAAUAAUUAUAAAACCAAUAAACAUCCCAAACAAAUUUGUAAA